AUUUUAUAACAUCUGAAAUAAUUGUCAUUGCAAAGCAUCGCGUAUACACGUUCCUUCCUUCCUUCAAUAUGUUGGCUCUCGGAACCAAUAAUAUGUGUUCCCCAACACCAUUCAAUACGCGCAUAUAUACGUUCAGCAGCGCCACUAACAAGAACAGACUAGUGACUAUAUGAUAGGUUCACAUCUCACGAUUCGUUCACAUCUCACGAUUCUUUCACAUAUUGCUCGAGGUAACGACAAUUUUCCAUGGAGUUCAGUUGUCGUUUUGAUUCGUUGUUGGGAUUAUAUUAACAUAGCUGUAUAUUGUGAUUAAGACGGUUAAGAAGAUAUUCACUCAAGAAAGUGUUGGUCACUGUACUAUCAUGGCAUUUGUCGGCGUAGAAUUCGCUAACGAAGAUUCGGCAAAUAACAAUACGGAAGUAGCAAUUGUGAACAUACGCUGGUUUACUCCUAACAAAACUAAUGUAUUUUGGCCACCUGUAAAAUCACAAGAUAGAUAUAAGAAAUUAUUGAAACAAGGAGCAACGCCAACUAAUGAAUGGUCGUUAUGUCAAGUAACAAAAACUUAUUUUGAAACCGAUAUUCCAAGUAAGAGACAGCGGAAUAAGCCUUCUAGAUAUAUCAGCGACUCAUCGGAUGAAGAAAAUACACCAGUACCAUCGAAACUUAAAGCUCCUCCUAGACUUAAUAAUAUAUUUACAAGUUGCAGUCAAGUAAUCCGUCAGGUAAUAGUACUGUAAUUUUACAUUAUUUUACUUUCGGUA